ACACACCCACUCCAUCUCCUCAACCACCGCAAAGAUGCUGAAGAACGGCAUCGCCCGGAGUCUGCGCGCCUCCGCCUUCGCCAGGCAGGCCUUCCAACCCCGAGUCGCCAGCCCCAUCAUCGCCCAGCGCUUCGCCAGCACCGACAGCGCCAAGGAUGGCAAGGUCUACCAGGUUAUUGGUGCCGUCGUCGAUGUCAAGUUCGACACCGAGCAGCUCCCAUCCAUCCUCAACGCUCUUACCGUCGAGAACCAGGGCAACAAGCUCACCCUCGAGGUCGCACAACAUAUGGGUGAGAGCAUUGUGCGAUGCAUUGCCAUGGACGGUACCGAGGGUCUCGUUCGUGGUGCCGUCUGCACAGACACCGGCGCUCCCAUCUCCAUUCCCGUCGGCCCAGCCACCCUCGGCCGCAUCAUGAACGUCACUGGCGACCCCAUUGACGAGCGUGGCGAGAUCAAGACGGACAAGCGCGCACCCAUCCACGCCGACCCGCCGCUUUUCGUUGAGCAGUCGACCGCUGCUGAGGUGCUUGUCACUGGUAUCAAGGUCGUGGAUCUGCUCGCGCCGUACGCCCGUGGUGGUAAGAUUGGACUUUUCGGAGGUGCAGGUGUCGGCAAGACUGUGUUCAUCCAGGAGCUCAUCAACAACAUCGCCAAGGCUCACGGUGGUUUCUCCGUCUUCACCGGUGUCGGUGAGCGUACGCGUGAGGGCAAUGACUUGUACCACGAAAUGCAGGAGACUGGUGUCAUCAACCUCGAUGGCGAUUCCAAGGUCGCCCUGGUGUUCGGUCAGAUGAACGAGCCGCCAGGAGCCCGUGCCCGUGUCGCUCUUACUGGCCUAACUGUCGCCGAAUAUUUCAGAGAUGAGGAGGGCCAGGAUGUGCUCCUCUUUAUCGACAACAUCUUCCGAUUCACCCAAGCCGGCUCCGAAGUGUCCGCCCUUCUAGGCCGUAUCCCAUCCGCCGUCGGCUACCAACCUACUCUCGCCGUCGACAUGGGUAUCAUGCAGGAGCGCAUUACCACCACGCAAAAGGGCUCCAUCACCUCGGUGCAAGCCGUCUACGUGCCCGCCGACGAUUUGACUGACCCGGCUCCCGCCACCACCUUCGCCCAUUUGGACGCCACCACUGUCUUGUCCCGCGGUAUCUCCGAGUUGGGUAUCUACCCGGCCGUCGACCCGCUUGACAGCAAGUCCCGUCUCCUCGACCCCCGUAUCAUCGGUGACGACCACUACCAGACCGCCACCAAGGUGCAGCAGAUCUUGCAGGAGUACAAGUCGCUGCAGGACAUCAUCGCUAUCCUGGGUAUGGACGAAUUGUCAGAGCAGGACAAGCUGACUGUCGAGCGCGCGCGUAAGAUUCAGCGGUUCUUGUCCCAGCCUUUCACUGUCGCGCAGGUGUUCACGGGUAUCGAGGGCAAGCUUGUUGACCUCAAGGACACCAUCCGAAGCUUCAAGGCGAUUCUGAACGGUGAGGGUGAUGACCUGCCGGAAGGUGCUUUCUACAUGGUCGGUGACCUCGAGAGCGCGAGGCAGAAGGGUGAGAAGAUUCUGGCGGAUUUGGAGAAGUCAUAAACAAGUUAUGAUGACUAGGGAGGAGUGGUGGAGCGAGGAUGGCCAAGGAGAAGAGGGGAGAGUGGGAAGAUGAGGUGAAGCGACUUCGUCCUCGGCGCUGCAUUAUUUGUACAGAUUAGCGCUGCGGAGGAGGAAAAGCGAGCAUGGUGUCUGCAUGCUAUGCUGGCUUGUACACGUAGUAUGGUGGA